GACCACUGGAGGUGGGCUAGCUGUCAUCAUCGUUUUUACCUGCGACUCGCAUUUGCGACGGUGGCCGAUUUAAAAUACGCGUAGUAAUUCUGCGCCCGCAAAAAGCAAACAAAUCGCCGCGCCAGCUGGACACCUUAUCACCGAAGCCGGAAGUCCGUAAACUCUACACCCGAUGGCGGAUAAAAAACGCUCCAAGAAGCGCAAAGAUGAAUACACCGGCCCGGGUGAGCAGGAGAUCGAGAAGGCCACCAAGGACGAGCUGAAGGUGGCCAAGUGGCUCAAAUCGAACGUCCCGACGAAGAAGACCAAGUUUCUGAACCACAACGUGGAGUACUUUUCGGCGGUGCGCGCCAUCGACGCGCUGCUCGCGUCCAAGUUUGCCCAAGGCGACAACUGUCUGUUUCCGCACCGGCAGGCCGUAAUCGACUUUAUGGACGAAAUGCUGCACCACAAGCUGUUUCACCGGGCACGGAAGGUCGCGGUGAGUGAGCAGGAGUUGCGCGGCAAGAGCAAGAAGGGCAGCGAGAAGGAAAAGGACCAGCCGAAGGGCGCUAAGGACGACAAGACGACGGACGGGGGCGAGAGUAGCCAUGCCGAGGGCAAGGGAGGUGCCGCCGCCGACAAGGACAAGGAGAAACGCAAGCGCAAGAUCCGGCUCGAGAUGCACCCGGAGCAGCUGUUUGUGGACGGACACGAGGCGUACGUUUGGCUCUACGACCCGAUCCCGAUGCACUACUGGAUCUUUGGGGCGUUGCUCGUGGUCGGUGCCAUCGUGAUCUGUCUGUUUCCGCUGUGGCCACCGCUGCUGCGGAAGGGAGUCUACUAUCUCAGUAUAGCGGCCGCCGGCUUCCUGGUGUUUAUCCUCGGGUUGGCCGUGCUGCGGUUCGUCAUCUUCUGUCUGGUUUGGAUCGUGACCGGUGGCAAGCAUCACUUCUGGCUGCUGCCGAAUUUGACCGAGGACGUGGGCUUCUUCGCCUCGUUCUGGCCGUUGUAUGAUCACGAAUACAAGGACGGCAGCACGGACAAGGACAAGGGCAAGAAGAAGAAAAAGCAAAAGCGCGACAAGGACAGCGACGCCGAGGACGAGGGCGCGACGACGAACGUUCCGGCCAAGAUUGACGAGGGCAAAGAGGUAGACAAGGCCAAGAUCGCCGCCGACGCGGAAAGCAAGCUGCGCAACCGACGAACGGGCAAGGGAAAGGUCGAGGAAACGGCCAGCGAUGAGCAGGAGGAGGAGGAGGACGACGAGAACGACAAAAAUACUCCCUCGGAGAGCGAGUCAGAAGGAUCCCAGCGGUCGUCAACAGGAAAAGAUUUCGAGAUCUUGGAGCACGAUGAGGUGGAAAACUCGUCGUAAAGUGACGACGAUCAGACAGAAAAAGUUGUAUACAACAUUAAACACACAGAUUAAAAAGCAAACAUUUAUAAACUGCACACAAUAGGUGAACAUAAAAAGCAAAUCUGAAUGCUGUAAACAGUUUUUCACCUAGCCACUAUUUUUUCUUCGUAUUUUAUAAUUUAUUUGUAUUGUUUAUUUAGCUGCAACAAAUUGAUAACAAAUAAAAAUUUAAAAUACUAUAUUUUCUGUUUUAUUUAUUAAGUUUAUUACAAAACGGCUAUCAAUCAGAGCAGACCUACAGCUAUUAGAUUAAAAGGUUCCAUUGAAGUAUCGUACAUCAACAAACCUAUUAGCCAAUAUAGACUCAAACAAGCUUCUGAACAUCUAAACAGAAAAAUACAAACAAUUGUGCAUGCAAUCCUGGAUCACAUCAAUAACAGAGCAAAUAACUAUAAACUUUGAUAAACCUAGUAACUGUGAAACCACUUUGGACUUCGAACAUUAAAAAAAGCAAACCACAUAAAUAAAAUCUAAACGUUGAACUAAGCAAAAAGAUUGUACAUUUGAAGAACAGAUGUUAACAUAUUUAGCAGAAAACUGUAAGCAAAUUGCAUUAAACGAAACCGAUUCCUGCAAAUAGAUAAAUUUUAGGUGAACCUCUACAAAAAAAAAAGUAACAAUUAAAAAACAAACAAAAGUUAAAUUCCAUCCUUCAUUCAUGUUGGGACUAUUUUAUCCGGAAUGGUUCAAGUAUGAGGGAAAGGGGAAAAGAUUUCGAAAGAGAGAGAGAGAGGGGCGUUAAUGAAUACAAAACGGACAGCAAUGAGUUUAUACAUCCUUCCUUGGUAGAAGGAAGCAUUUUUGUCUCAAUUGGGUACAAGAACAAUAAAGAUCUUGUAGUUGGAAAUUGAUAUAUACUUAAAUAAGCUA